GCCGCAGGCAGUGGGCCCAUGGGGCAAAAUAUGAUACACCUGAAGGUGUGAGAACUGGUUGUUAAAUUGAAAACAAAACUCAGACAAUAGAUUAAAGGGAGCCAGCAGGUUGGAGAUAUAGACUUCUUUAAGAGCAGAUGGAAGGGGACGGAGAUUGAGAGUGAGGGUAAAUAAAGACUAACAUGUUCGAGAUAUAAAGAUAUCAAGGGCAGCCUCACAUGAUAUGAUCUAUCAAGAUAAUAAAAAAGAUGGUGAGGCGAGAGUUUCUGGGAAAUUACAUUGACUAGCAAUGUCAUGUGUAUAUCUUUUACUCAGAAACCUUAUUGAGAGGAAUAUGAAGCACCCUGAAAACGCGCCCAUACGCUCGCAACAAUAUUGCAGAGAUGCUCAUAUCUUCUUUCUGCAUUGGGCUAUUAUGCCCUUGCCUCAUAUCUCCCAGGAUCCACUCCUCAUCGUUUCAGAGUCAUCUUCCUCAAUUGUCUUUCCCCGCCCUAGGUCUUUGUUAUACUGCUUUAAACAAAGUGCUCGACCUCCUUUUGAUAAUGUUGAAGCUGAAGCUGAGUUAGUUUCUGGUCAUAUGACUGAAUAUUCAUCAUCUAUUUUUUUUUAUCUGCAUAUGCUUCUAUUUUACUUUUUUCUACUACAACUGCUAUUUUAUUCUACUACUUGUAUAUUCUACAAGCACUUUCGACUACUUGUAUAUUCCACAAGCUCCUCCCUACUAUCCGUGCUCGCUACAACCAUAUCCUAUCCGCAUUAUUAUACCAACGAUCAUCUGCUCACUGUAUUGUACCAGAGAUGUACUUUAAAGAAUCUUUUCGGCAUGAGACUCGUGCUUUAUCACAAACAAUCUCAUGUCACUUGUACUUUUCUACGAACCGGCUCACGAUCGACGCCUUUACUGUUUUACAAACAAUUCCUGGUUGAUACUUGUAUUGUUCUGCUAUUAACUGUCAUACAUCGCAUGUGCUAGAUUACUUUGAGCACACACCAGUGGGCGAAAAUAAAAAAAAAGAACGCGAGUAGAAAUGGCACCAUCCGCUGUCGAACGUGGUGAGAUUCUUCAAAUUGUUUGGCCCGUUUUCAGGUCGGUUGGUACUGUCUAGUUUCUUAUUCCGCCUCUACUUGCAGACAGUAGGCAGUGUGAUUUGGCAAAGGUAAGUGAACAAACACUCGUUCGACCA